AUGGCAGAACUGGUCGAAAAUUCAUCAUGGAGUGAUGCCCUCCACCACCUCAACUACUCCCUCUUCUGUCCUCCUGACGACGCCCUGAAAACACUCUUCAAAGAAAAUACCGGAUACGAAGUCUCUGGGACGACGGACGGACCACUGCCUAACUUUAACGGCUUGCUAAAACGUCACCUGUUACCUGGGUUCGUCAAGGCUGAGGACAUUCCGGACGGACAUCUGUUGCAAACGGAAGAUCCAGGUAUCCGCGUACGGAUCAAUAUUUACCACAUCCCAGAAAAGGUGAUGACAGCCAACUGUGUCCCGGUUGUUCAGACGGACAAGUUCGCGAGAAACGGUGUCAUCCAUCUUGUAGAGAAGGUCCUUCCAAGUCCGUCCAAGACUGUGGCUGACCUCAUCGCCGGGGACUCCCAGUUUUCAAUCCUGAAGGGAAUUGUGAGCCGAGCCGGCCUUGUCCAGACUCUGCGCAACCUCAAAGGUAGCUUCACUCUGUUCGCCCCCACUGAUUCCGCUUUCGCCGCCAUCGCACUUCAACAACCACUCGGUACGGGGACGCAAGUGCUUAGAGAUUUGUCUCUCGUUGGCUCUAUAACGCAUUUAAAAAGAAAAGAAAAGAAACUGCGAUUCUCUCAGAAGCACAUAAAACCCAAUUUUGUAUUUAAAAAAACUGUAUCAAGUCUGAUGCGGCACCACCUUUUAGAUCACGUGAUCUGCUCUUCGGCGCUCCCCCCUCGUGCACGCAGCCUGAGCGGAUCAGGAGAGCUGCUGAGUCUGACCAGGGAUGAGCACGGCAAGCUCUAUGUUGAUGGCGUGCAAGUGGUCGUCCGAGACUGGAUGGCGCUAAACGGAGUCGUACACGUCAUCGAUGGUGUACUCACCACCAGACAGGCCAAAUGUGCGAGUCAAGUGAUGGAGGAUUCGUCCCUCACUAUGUUUCUGUCUCUGGUGGAGGCAGCGGGUCUGAAGAACACAUUCGACACAAUGGAGGAGGUCACCUUCUUCAUCCCCGCGGAUCAGGCGCUGCUGCAGGUGACUCCUUCUCGGGCAGUGAAGUCGUUGCUGCGCUUGAACGGUUCUCUAGGUGAUGCUCUACUCUACCACGUUGCAAAAGGACGGGUACAACUCAACGCCCCUCACCAACGAAUUCCUUCUUGGGUGGAAAAUGCUACUCUUCGCAUUCACGUGCAGGCGACGUUUCCUCAUGCUGCGCCUCAAGUCCUGGUCCAGUGUGCUACGGUCCUGAGUCCAGACAACAGGUUCUGUGGUGGAACCUUGUACGUUAUUGACAGGUUCCUAGUUCCCCCUAAGAUGACGCUCGUUCAGCUGAUGGAAAGGAAUGAGGGCUUCUCCACCCUGGUGCUUCUCCUCCGCGCCACAGGAUUGGAUCGCAGGAUGCUGGGAAAUCCGGACGUCCCUCGUACCUUGCUGGCCCCCACCGACGAUGCAUUCCACAAUGAGCUAGGGGAGGAAGGUGUGCUCCGGAUGCUCGAAAAUCUGGAUCAAGUAGCUGAUAUGAUCCGGAUUCACAUUCUACCAGGGGCUCAGUGUUGUUCCCACCUUAAGGGAGACUUUUCAGCUGGACGUAGACGGACGCGGGCCAUCGACGGCUCCCUGUUGGCCCUAGGGCGAGCUCCGGGUGGCGCCCUGCUUGUGGGAGGCGCUCGCAUAGUUGACUGCGAUGUCAUGGCAACCGAUGGCAUCCUCCAAGUGGUGGACACUGUUGUGCGACACGACGACACAGUACUCGGUUGAAGAAGCGUCACGAGAAUUUAAUGCUCAUGUGGGAUAUUGGUUAUUUAUUGCUCAUUACUGCUGGCUUUAGCCGAAAACUGCAGACUGCACAACACACGAACGUACUGAUAUCGCAGCAUCAUGAAACUGUUUAACCCAGGCUAGUAUGUUCAUCAGUUGACGACUGUUAUCAUAA